UGUUUAUAUGGAGGUGCUCCGAAAGGUCCCCAGUUGAGGGAUUUAGACCGAGGUGUAGAUGUUGUGGUUGCAACUCCAGGAAGACUAAAUGACAUUUUAGAGAUGAGAAGAGUAAGCCUCCGUCAGGUGUCAUAUCUGGUUCUUGACGAGGCUGACCGAAUGCUGGACAUGGGUUUUGAGCCGCAGAUACGGAAAAUUGUAAAAGAGAUACCCCAUCGCCGGCAGACUCUUAUGUUCACUGCUACCUGGCCUAAAGAAGUUCGGAAAAUCGCUGCAGAUCUGCUUGUUCAUCCUAUUCAGGUUAACAUUGGGAGCAUAGAUGAUCUUGUUGCAAACAAUGCAAUUACUCAGUAUGUGGAAAUAAUUACACCCAUGGAAAAGCUCAGACGGUUGGAACAGAUAUUGCGAUCCCAAGAUCCGGGUUCUAAGGUCAUAAUAUUUUGCUCAACGAAGAGGAUGUGUGACCAGCUUGCAAGGACCCUCACUCGUCAGUUCGGUGCUGCUGCUAUUCACGGUGACAAGUCUCAGGGUGAGAGAGACAGGGUUCUAGGCCAAUUUCGAACUGGAAGGUCCCCUAUACUAGUAGCUACUGAUGUUGCUGCUCGAGGCCUGGACAUCAAGGAUAUCAGGGUUGUGAUCAACUACGACUUCCCCACGGGUGUUGAAGACUAUGUUCACAGGAUUGGCAGAACUGGUAGGGCAGGUGCCACUGGUGUGGCUUACACAUUUUUCUGUGAUCAAGACUCGAAAUAUGCAGCAGAUCUUGUCAAAGUUCUGGAAGGGGCAGACCAACGCGUUCCUCAGGAGUUACGGGACAUGGUGUCGCGUGGUGGGUAUGGUGGGAAGUCCCGCCGCUGGGGUUCUCGCUCCAGUGCUCGUGAUAGCGAUCGGUCACGUGGAUCUAGUGAUGCCAUUUAUGGUGGAAGGGGUGCACGUGGCCUGCCACCUUCAACCGGUAGAUUAGAUAGUGGUCGUGUUGGCCGUGGACAUGAUCGUGAGCCUCCUCGUGGCAGAUAUGAUCGUGGAUAUCGAGACAGUCAUGAGGUGGAGGCUGUUGUUAGGAGAUCCAGAGAUAAACAUCGUAGCCGUAGCCACAGCAAUAGCCGCAGUCGCAGCCGCAGCCG